UCGCAACUCUCCAAGGGCUCUCCACAGAUCUGAAAUCUCGCCCCGUCUUUCCUGCUCCAUCUGGAUCAUGACCACUCUCCGUGGGGCAUAUUCUGCACAGGCAAGACAAGGGCCAUGGGGAUGACGACCCGUGGAUCCUCACGGCAAAAACGUCAACUCGGGCUGCUUGUCAAAGUUAGCCUUUUGCCCACCACACCCGGUGCUGCCAUGACGAGGUACUUGGCCCGAAUACCGCACCUGGCGGGCAGCACCAGGUACCUCGCCAUGUCCGAGUUUUUCCCGCCCAACUCCUCCGUCACUCUUGUCGCCCUCCAUAGCCAUUAUCUUCUGUGAUCUUGUCUUCAACAACAUAUUUAAAGACUUUCUCCAGAUACCUACCUCUCCUCUUCUUGCUCAUCAUCAACCCAGUCUUCAGCAUUUCGAGUGAUAC